AUGUACGCCGCACGCUCAGCCAAGCCAAAGCUGUCUCUCAGCAUCUCCACUGCGACCACCACAACUCGUCCAGCUCUGUCUUUGCGAUCACCAGGCCCCAUGCCACGGACUCCUGUUUCUCCAUCACCUCUCAGCCCAGUCUACACUGCUGCUCGAGACUUCAGCAAACAGACUGUCCCCAUGUACUCCUACACCAAUUCCAGCUCAGCCAAGAGCAUUCUGAAGAAGGGAUCUACAUCUUCCGCCUCGUCGCGAUCAAGCGGCAAGGCAAUUCACUUCCAGAGCACGCCUACUGUGUACUGUGUGACCCCAAUUGAGAACAAAGACGAAUACUACGGGGGCUAUGUCAAGAUGUCGCGCGACGAGCGACGAUGGGGAGCCAGGUCUUGA